CCACUCCACCAUCGUCAGCGAGUUUGACCUCGUGUGUGUCAAUGCUUGGAUGCUGGACCUCACACAAGCCGUCCUAAACCUGGGCUUCUUGGCUGGAGCCUUCACCUUGGGCUAUGCAGCAGACAGGUACGGCAGACUAGUCAUUUACCUAAUAUCCUGUUUCGGUGUUGGCGUCACCGGGGUCGUGGUGGCAUUUGCACCCAAUUUCCCUGUGUUUGUGGUCUUCCGCUUCCUACAAGGUGUGUUUGGAAAGGGGACAUGGAUGACCUGCUACGUAAUUGUAACGGAAAUAGUAGGUUCAAAGCAAAGGAGAAUUGUGGGAAUAGUGGUCCAAAUGUUCUUCACCCUUGGAAUCAUAAUUCUCCCUGGAAUUGCCUACUUUAUCCCAAAUUGGCAAGGGAUCCAGCUAGCCAUAACGCUGCCCAGCUUUCUCUUCCUCCUUUAUUACUGGGUGGUUCCUGAGUCUCCCCGCUGGCUGAUUACUCGGAAGAAAGGAGAUAAAGCAUUAAAAAUCCUGAGGAGCAUUGCCAAGUGCAAUGGGAAAUAUCUCUCACCAAAUUACUCAGAGAGUACAGGUCAACUUGCUGCUGAAACAGAGACCCAAAAAAUAUAA